AUGGAAGAAAGCUCCAGUUCUCCUGUUUCCCCUGUGGAUAGCUUGGGGACCAGCGAAGAGGAGCUGGAGAGGCAGCCAAAGAGAUUUGGCAGGAAGAGAAGAUACAGUAAGAAAUCCAGCGAAGAUGGCAGCCCCAACCCAGGGAAGAGGGGGAAAAAGUCUAGCCCCAGCUCCCAGUCCUAUGAAGAACUCCAGAGCCAGCGGAUCCUGGCCAACGUCAGAGAGAGGCAGAGGACUCAGUCGCUCAACGAAGCCUUYGCAGCCUUGCGGAAAAUCAUCCCCACCUUGCCCUCCGACAAACUCAGCAAAAUCCAGACCCUCAAGCUCGCCGCUCGGUAUAUAGACUUCCUCUACCAGGUGCUACAGAGCGACGAGAUGGACAGUAAGAUGACGAGCUGCAGCUACGUGGCCCACGAGCGGCUCAGCUACGCCUUCUCCGUGUGGAGGAUGGAGGGCGCGUGGUCCAUGUCGGCCUCCCACUAGCCACCGCCGGCGCACGCGAGCGAGCGAGGCGGCCGCCGGAGGGACUGUCCAGUGUCUGAGACUGAAGUGGAAUUGGGAUGUAUCCAAGCUUGUAGCUUCUGAAACCUUAACAACCUCAAGUAAACUGGUCCAAAAGACCCCUCUUGACCUCCCGAGCUCUGAACUCCUGCAGAGCACUCAGACUGAGCAGAAAAGCAGCACCGACGCUAACGGUCUGAAACUUUGCAACAUCUCUCCCCAAGUGACUGACCAAAGAGAAAAGAGAAGCAACAUUCCUGGUCUUCGUUGUUGUUGCGUGUGUUUUUGUCCAUGUGUUUGGUUUUAUUUCUAUUUCUUUUUCUGAAAAAUCUUAAUUCAGGAAUACAUUUAAGAGAAAUCUUUGGGUUCGGAUUUUACUUUUCC